UCGCGUGUGCGGAAAAGCGACGAAACGCACCGAGGAAUCCUCCGCGGCUAACGGUAGCACGGCACACAAAUGCGGAUUUAAUUCCCUUUCGAGGGGGCGAGGUGGGGGCGACACUCUGGAGGGGCUGCCACACGCCGCAGGAGGACGUCAUUGUCGGCCGGACCCCCGCUCGGUUUCCCACCGAGGCGAGACUUCCGCUAAUCCCGUGAAGAAGAGGGGGGGUGGAGCGGGGGAGCGGCCUGCUUUUGGAGCCCGUUUCCUGGUGCAACUCGGGCGGCCCCGCGCCGUCACCAGAGCCCGGUGCCUCCGGCCUGUUAUUCGUGUUGUUUUUCUCCCCCACACAGCCUCUCUUUUUUUUAAAGAAACAACAACAACAACAACAACAACCACCACCACCACACCGGGGCCCGAUGGGGCUGCGCCGCCCGGUCGCUGCAGGAGGCACGCAGGAGUUUCUGCAGCCGGGGAGCACAGCUCGUGCGGAACCGAGCCGAACCGAGCCGGGCGAACCCACGAGUGGAUGCGAGGCGAUUUGGCGGAUGAGUAGCCUCGAUUGCUGCACGCGCAGGCUGCCGCUGCUGCCGCUGCCGCCGCCGCCGCCGCCGCCGCACGCGUUGGAUUUACCGAUCUGACGCCGCCGCCAGACUCCAUUGAUAAAAACCGGUGAUUUCAUUUAGCCGGAUGUCGGUUCGUGUGGGUCUCUUUUGUGGUGUUGUGUGACUUUUAACGUUUCCGUGCAAUCGGUGCAUCUUAACGCCUCCACCCCCCAUUUUUUUUGUGGGGGGGGGGGAGACGACGACGACAACGACAGGCAGCAGUGGAGAUGAACCCGGUGAACGCGACCUCUCUCUACGUGUCCGCGAGCCGCUCGGUGCUGCAGUGCGACCCCCGAGACCCCCGGGCCCUCGCGGAGCUCUGCAAGCUGCUGCCGUUUUUCCGCCAGUCUCUGUCCUGCUUGGUCUGCGGUGACCUGCUGCAGGACCCCGUCGCUCCCGCCGCCUCGCCAUGCCAGCACUUCGUCUGCCGCGGCUGCAAAGGCCGGCGGAUGCAGCGGAGGCCGUCCUGCAGUUGGUGUAAGGACUACUCGCGCUUCGAGGAGAGCCGGCAGCUCUCCUUGCUGGUCCGCUGUUACAGGAAGCUGUGUCUGUACAUCGCCCAGUCGCCGCUGGCCGCGCACAUAGCCGGCGCCGCCGCCGACUCGCCGGAGCUCCGCGCCAUCCUCAACGAGGGCCUCGCGCUGGCCGAGGGCGAGCCGGAGGCCGAGGACGCCGGCCCGGACUCGGGAGGCCCUUCGCAGCCGGACUCCGCCUCCCACGCCGCGGCUCCGCCCCUGAAGGAGCUCGAGGCGGCGGAGCCGAGCGGCGUCGGCGUGAACGGGCUGCACGACUGCAACGGCCUGGACGACGCGGGCGGAGGCGUCGCCAAGCACGAGAGCUUCUCGGAGGAGGAGGUCCCGGUGAGCGCCGCGGGGGGGGCGGGGCUCUGCGACAUCACUUCUUUCGGGGAUGACUUGAAACACGGCGGGGGCCCGUUGCUGUUGAGCGUGGAGGAGGUGCUCAGGACUCUGGAGACGGACCCCGACCCCCAGCUCAACGGACCUCACGGUCUCCCCGACUCCUCGCGCCUCUUCCCCUCCCUCCCCCGGGGGAACAGCCCCCGCCCCCUCCAGCCCUCGCUGCAGCCCCCCGUGGUCGUCCCCCACGCCCCCCCUCGGUACUGCCGCAAGCGCUCCCGCUCAGAAAGCGACAGCGAGAAGCUGCAGCCCCUCCCCAUCUCCACCCUCCUGCGAGGGGCCCCCCUUGGUGCCAACGGCUCCCCCCACCACCCGAACCCCGGCGCCGCCACCAAGCAGGAGCCUAAGUGCCCCGCAGCCCCUCCCCACCCCCACCUGGCCCCGGUGCCCAACGGCGGCCCCCCCAAGGUGGGCAAGACUGUGCUCGUCUCCAACAAGGCGCUGAAAAAGACUGUGGAGCACCUAGGGGGCCCCAAGAAGGCCUACGCUAAGGCCCGGCAAGGGACCCCCAAGCCCCGCACGCAACCCCGCGACAGACUGCCCCCCCACCCCCUGACGCACCCGCCCAGCCCCUCGAAGCCGCUGUAUAAAAAGCCUGUGGAGAAGAAGGGCUGCAAGUGCGGCCGAGCCACGCAGAACCCCUCGGUGUUGACCUGCAGGGGGCAGCGCUGCCCCUGCUACUCCAACCGCAAGGCGUGUCUGGACUGCAUCUGCCGCGGCUGCCAGAACUCCUACAUGGCCAACGGCGAGAAGAAGCUGGAGGCGUUCGCCGUGCCGGAGAAAGCUCUGGAACAGACUCGCCUCACGCUGGGCAUCAACCUCACGAGCAUCGCGGCGGCGGCCCUCCGCGGCCCGGCCACCGGCUCCCCCGGCGGCACCCUCCUCAACGUCACCACGGCAACGGGGGCGCCCGCCACGGCCGCCUUCCUGUCGGGGGCGGGGCACAACAGCAGGGGCUUCGACGAUUCGCUGGAGAUGCGGUUCGACUGCUGAGGGUCUCGACCCCUCGGUUGUUAACGCACAUUACCCCCCCGACCCGCCAGCCGGGCGCUGGUUCUCCAGCUGGGCGUUGGUUCUGCAGCUGGGUGCUGGUUCUCCAGCUGGGUGCUGGUUCUCCAGCUGGGCGUUGGUUCUGCAGCUGGGUGCUGGUUCUCCAGCUGGGUACUGGCCGCUGGUUCUCCAGUUGUGUGGGCAUUGGUUCUCCAGCUGGCCGCUGGUUCUCCAGUUGGGUGGGUGUUGGUUCUCCACCUGGCCGUUGGUUCUCCACCUGGCCGUUGGUUCUCCAGCCAUGCGUUGGUUCUCCAGCUAGGCGUUGGUUCUCCAGCUGGGCGUUGGUUCUCCAGUUGGGUGGCCGUUGGUUCUCCAACCGGCCGUUGGUUCUCCAGUUGGGUGGGUGUUGGUUCUCCACCUGGCCGUUGGUUCUCCAGCUGGGCGUUGGUUCUCCAGUUGGGUGGCCGUUGGUUCUCUAACCGGCCGUUGGUUCUCCAGUUGGGUGGCCGUUGGUUCUCCAGCCGGGCGUGCAGAGCCAGAACAAGGCAGCUACAGUGACUGUGCAUUCAGACCCAGUGUGGGAGGAAGGAGACAAGGAGACAAGGAGAGAGGAGACAAAGAGACGAGGAGAGAGGAGAUGUAGCGUUACUGUGUGUUCAGGAGGGAUUGUUUCUGUUCUUUACUUUACUUUGUGUGUGUGUGUGUGUGUGUGUGUGUGUGUGUGUGUGUGUGUGUGUGUGUGUGUGUGUGUGUGUGUGUGUGUGUGUGUGUGUGUGUGUGUGUGUGUGUGUGUGUGUGUGUGUGUGUGUGUGUGUGUGUGUGUGGUUGGUUGGUUUCUGGAAGCGACACACAUGCUGCUAAAGCCCCCCCCCACACACACACACUCAUCUCUUUGUUGUUUUUAAUAAGUUGCGUUAACAUCUUCAGUAUUUAUUUAGUUUGUCUCCUCCAAACGUUUUGUUUUAUGUUUAUUUGUCGCGUUCUCCCUCGGAGAACAUUUAAAUACCUGUAAUAUAAACUGUAACAUAUUUCCACAAAAAAGAAAGAAAAUGA